CCUACGUCUCAGAGGGCGCCCCAACGAACCCAGGAUAAAGUCUCUUCCUAGUCCGCUCCGGAAAUGCGACUGCGUACGCGCUGGACACGCAGUCGUGACGUCAGCGCGCCCGCGCCGGCUGGCCGGACGCCCUAGGCUUCCGCGAGAUCUUUGGUGGGGGUUGCUGUACGCCACGGCACUGCUGCGUUUGGGUUGUCUCCUGCAGGCUCUCUGGACCUGGUCACGAUUCCACAAUGUACCACAACAGUAGCCAGAAGCGGCACUGGACUUUCUCCAGUGAGGAGCAGCUGGCAAGACUGCGGGCCGACGCCAACCGCAAAUUCAGAUGCAAAGCGGUGGCCAACGGGAAGGUUCUUCCGAAUGAUCCAGUCUUUCUUGAGCCUCAUGAAGAAAUGACACUCUGCAAAUACUAUGAGAAACGGUUAUUGGAAUUCUGUUCGGUGUUUAAGCCAGCAAUGCCAAGGUCUGUUGUGGGUACAGCUUGUAUGUAUUUCAAACGUUUUUAUCUUAAUAACUCAGUAAUGGAAUAUCACCCCAGGAUAAUAAUGCUCACUUGUGCAUUUUUGGCCUGCAAAGUAGAUGAAUUCAAUGUAUCUAGUCCUCAGUUUGUUGGAAACCUUCGGGAGAGUCCUCUUGGACAGGAGAAGGCACUUGAACAGAUACUGGAAUAUGAACUACUUCUUAUACAGCAACUUAAUUUCCACCUUAUUGUCCACAAUCCUUACAGACCAUUUGAGGGCUUCCUCAUCGACUUAAAGACCCGCUACCCCAUAUUGGAGAAUCCAGAGAUUUUGAGGAAAACAGCUGAUGACUUUCUUAAUAGAAUUGCAUUGACGGAUGCCUACCUUUUAUACACACCUUCCCAAAUUGCCCUGACUGCCAUUUUAUCUAGUGCCUCCAGGGCUGGAAUUACUAUGGAAAGUUAUUUAUCAGAGAGUCUGAUGCUGAGAGAGAACAGAACUUGCCUGUCACAGUUACUAGAUAUAAUGAAAAGCAUGAGAAACUUAGUAAAAAAGUAUGAACCACCCAGAUCUGAAGAAGUUGCUGUUCUGAAACAGAAGUUGGAGCGAUGUCAUUCUGCUGAGCUUGCACUUAAUGUAAUCACGAAGAAGAGGAAAGGCUAUGAAGAUGAUGAUUACGUCUCAAAGAAAUCCAAACAUGAGGAGGAAGAAUGGACUGACGACGACCUGGUAGAAUCUCUCUAACCAUUUGAAGUUGAUUUCUCAAUGCUAACUAAUCAAGAGAAGUAGGAAGCAUAUCAAGCGUUUAACUUUAUUUAAAAAGUGUAAUGUGAAAACAAAAUAUAUUAAAACUUUUCUAUUACUUUCUUUCCCUUUCACAGUAACUUUAUGUAAAAUAAACCAUCUUCAAAAGAGCUAGAAUAGCACCUGUUUUGAAUAUUCUUAUUCCAUCAUGACUAAUAUCAAAUUAAAGCUGCAACUUACUUGCCUAAUUUUUUAAGCAAAAUAUGAUAGGCAAACCUACGCUUUUUUAAGAAAAAGGCACCACAAAAACCAAAACUUAGUAGCUAGCUUUAAAAGUGUUAAGGAAUGUGUUUUGCCCUCUAGAAACCUUUAUAAAUGGCUUUUUGAAUGCCAUCCUGAUACAUUUAGGUAUUUGUCCAUUACUAUUAAAUGGCAGAAGGUAUUUCAACUAUUACAUGGUACUGAAAGCCAGUUGUCUGGGUAAUGAAUAUUAUUUGUUUACUUACCCAAAAACAUUUCCAAAUGGUUUUUAAAAAAAAAAAAAACAAAUAUAUGAUUUUGAAUAGCUGUCUACAUCAAACUCUUAGGCUAGUAUAGAUAAGUAGGCAGAAGCCAUUUGUAUAUUCGGUUAUGGUUUUUUAAUUUUGUUGCGAUGUAGGGUCUUGCUGUGUUGCCCAGGCUGUCUCAAACUCCUAGGCGCUAGUGAUCCUCUGCCUCAGUUUCCUGAGUAAUUGGGACUACAGGCACACGUCACCACAGCCUUUAAUUAACCUAUUAGAUCACCUAUAAGUGAAUCCGUGUAAGUAGAUUAUAACAGUUACUAGGAAUUGUGCAGACUAAAUAUGUUCGAAAAAUGUAAUUCAAAUUGAAAUGAGUCAAUUUAAAAAUAUAAAAGCACAGACUAUUAUAACAAAUUACUUAGAUAUGAAUCAUGGCUGCCUCUAUUUCACUGUGUGACCUUGGUAAGUUAUUAAUUUUCUCUAAGUGCCAGUUUCCCACACUGAAAAUGGGGGAAAUAAUGCCCACUCUUUAUAGGAUUAAUUAGAACAGCACCUGCAUACACUAAGUAUUCAGUAAUUGUUAACUAUUAUAAUUGGAACCGAACUAUGGCUGGCUGUAUAUCAAGCCAGAAUUUUUUUCAGGAAAACUGGCUUGAAGGAAUUCCGAGUAAUUCAAGUGUCCUAAAUCUAAUUAAAUUGCACAGAUACACACACCUCCUCAGUCUCAGUACAUCCCAGGCUGUACUUUCCAGAAAGGUAAGUACCAUUAUAAUUACAUUUACUUUAAGGCAAUGCUUACUAUGUGCAUAUUCAUCUCUCUAACAAUUCUUUAAACUGUAGGCUUGAGUUUUGUGGGGUGUUUUUUUGUUUGUUUUGUUUUGUUUUUUCCCUCAUUCUGGAGUGAAAGGAAUAAAAUUUCAUGACGUGAGAUUUUACAAAAGCAGAGUGGAAGAAGCCAAAAGUUAUAAAUCCUCCAUCAUGGUCCUAGUUAAGUACAUUGCUUCUAGGCUCUAGACAGAAUUACAAGAUGUUCACAGUUUUUCUCAUUUUCCCUUUCAGAUCGCCAAACUUUGGCAUCAGAGCAAGGUCCACACUUAUCACUGAAAAUUUUCCCACCCAGCCCCAUUAAAAAAGUUAAAGUGUGAGAGAUUUUAUUUCAACACUGACAAGCUAGUUACUACAGGGCCUACAAAGAUACAGAGAACUAACCAGCUGCAAACUCUGGGGAGAAAGACUUAGACUUACAUUAACUUCCACCUAACAAAGUAUCGUGCUCGAACACGCAGGGACCCUGGUUCAAUACCUUUUAAUGGUAUAUGGGAGCUGAGCAGAAACCAUUCAUCUGUGGCAUGCCCUUUCUGUAAUCGGCUCAACUGGCAGCGCAUAAA